AUGGAAAUUCAUGUAGCGGGACGUUUUUUAUUAGGCAGAAAGUUAGGGAGUGGUUCUUUCGGAGAAAUUUACAUGGGUCGAAAUUUACUGACUCAAGAAGAUGUUGCGAUAAAAUUGGAACCGCUGCGCUCUAAGCAUCGACAAUUGUUAUAUGAAUCGAAGCUUUAUAAAGUGCUUAACGGCGGUGUAGGUAUUCCCGUGGUAUUUUAUUACGGCGUGGAAGGUGACUAUAAUGUUAUGGUGAUGGAACUUUUAGGUCCUAGUUUAGAAGACUUAUUUUUAAUGAUGGGCAAGCAGUUUUGUUUUUUGCCUUGGCAAGGUAUGCGUGGAGGAAAUAAGAAGGAUAAAUAUGAUAAGAUCUUAGAUAAAAAAAUUGCUACGACAACGGAAAUGCUUUGCCGAGGUUUUCCACAUGAAUUCAUAACCUACUUGAAUUACUGUAGGUCUUUGAGGUUCGAAGACAGACCCGACUAUGCAUAUCUACGAAGACUAUUUAAGAUUUUAUUUUUCAAUGAAAAUUAUAGUUUUGAUUUCCAAUUCGAUUGGUCUCAACACUUUGAGUGUGACGACUACGUUGAUGAAGAUAAUUAUUAA